AUGGCACCUGUCCAACCCCAAGGCCCGAACGGCCAGAGCUCCAAGAAGCACUCAAAAGUUGUGAUCAUUGGCUCCGGUCCAGCAGGCCACACAGCCGCCAUCUACCUCGCACGCGCCAACUUGAACCCAGUGAUGUUCGAGGGCUUCCUGGCCAACGGUUUCGCUGCCGGCGGUCAGCUCACCACCACGACUGACGUCGAGAACUUCCCCGGUUUCCCCCAGGGCGUACUCGGCCCUGAGCUCAUGGAGAAGUUCCGCGCUCAGUCUGUUCGCUUCGGAACGGAGAUCAUCACCGAGACUGUUAGCAAAGUCGAUCUCAGCACUCGGCCGUUCAAGUACUGGCGCGAAUACUCGGAGAACGACGAGCCCGAGACGGCCGAUUCUAUCAUCAUCGCCACCGGAGCUUCCGCAAAGCGUCUCGGUCUUAAGGGCGAGGAGACGUACUGGCAGAGCGGUAUCUCUGCUUGUGCCGUGUGCGAUGGUGCCGUGCCGAUCUUCAGGAAUAAGCCGCUCGCUGUCAUUGGUGGCGGCGACUCCGCGGCGGAGGAGGCGACGUACUUGACGAAGUACGGCUCGCACGUCUAUGUGAUCGUGCGCCGGGACGAGCUUCGCGCCUCGAAGAUCAUGGCUAAGCGCCUGCUCAACAACCCCAAGAUCACUGUUCUCUGGAAUUCUGUCGCGACUGAAUGCCAGGGUGAUGGCGACCUCUUGAACAACCUUCGCGUGAAGAACGUCCAGACAGGUGCGGAGUCUGAUCUUCCCGUCAACGGCCUGUUCUACGCCAUCGGUCAUGAGCCGGCAACUGCCCUCGUCCGCGACCAACUGCAGACUGACGCCGACGGCUACAUCAUCACGGUCCCCGGAACGACCCAGACCUCCAUCCAUGGUGUCUUCGCCGCCGGUGACGUUCAGGAUAAGCGUUACCGUCAGGCGAUCACAUCGGCUGGCUCUGGGUGCAUGGCUGCGCUCGAGGUCGAGAAGCUCAUCGCCGACGAGGAGGCUGACGCCGAGUAA